ACGUCUUUGGAAGAAAUGUCUUUGCUUUUGGAAAUUACUUGGGUUGACAGUCUCUAUAAUGUUUUCCUUAAAAUGGUAUUGCAGGCCGAAUACAUUCUGGAUCUGCAGAAGCAACUUACUUUACUUGGUGCUGAACCUAAGAAUGUGUCAAAUGGUGGCUUGUCUGAAGAACCACUAGUUAGCGUGACUCCCAUGCAUAAGAUCCGGUCACAACUGGAUGAUGCUGUAGCCAGUGAUUGCCCGUUUUGUGGUGACCUUAUGAUCCAAGAGAUUUCUUUGCCGUUCAUCCUACCAGAAGAAGCAGAGGAAUCUGAAUCGUGGGAGAUAAAACCACAUAAUUAUCCUAGUCAGAGAAGCCUUUCUUUGGCUGUGUGAUUUUAUCAUCUGUUAUUGCAGGUUUCUCCCUGCAAUUGCUUGUUUAGGUUUUCCCCAGAAAAAAAGGGGCUUGUUUGAGGUGCUAAAAGAAUUGCUUGUUUGAGGGGGGCUAAAAGAUGCAAAAGAAAAAAAAGAUACUAUCGUGAAACAAGAACACGAGGCACUUCACUAGUUGAAGAGAUAGAACUUCUUGGUAUGAGUGGGUGAUCGCAAGCCUGUUUGAGGUGCCAAAUAGAAUUGCUUGUUUUAAGUGCUAAUUUAUCAGGUUUGACAGUAAUUGUUGCAACAUGAAGCUAAUGCAAGUGUGAUUGUUGGGGCAAUAAAUCGCCCGAGGAUAUUUCAUGAAUCUGGGAAAAGCUUUCUUUUUCCUCCUAUGUCUAUUGUAUCAUUUUGUGGUAAGACGUGUUCCUCCAAUUGUUGUAUUAUGAGUCAAAUAUAAACUUUAUUUGAGAAAAUAUAUGAUCACUCCGCAUGGUAAUACAUUAAGCAGUUGUGUCAA